CUAAAGCAUGUGUUCCUGUAACUCGAGCAGAGGUGCUGUUUCUUAUUGAAGCUUCCGAUUUUGUUGGUGCGGCCAACAUUGAGCUCAACAAAGACUUUCUCAAACAAUCUGUUGCCGCUCUCGACGUCGGACCCCAAGUGAUUAAUGUGGCUAUAGUAGCCUAUGGUAGCUCUGCCCAGGUGGUCACCCCCUUGCUGGACAACAGAGAUGCCCUAAAUACGGCGAUAGACAGCAUAAGUGUGGUUGGUGGGGAUGCUGAUUUGGCAGCUGGACUUGACCAAGCCACUAGUACUCUUUUUGACAGCGUUAGAAAUAACGCUCAGCCAUUUAUAUACCUGGUUGCUUCCAGUCAAUCGACGAACAGCGCUCAAGCAAUAACGAGUGCUGACGCUGCUAAAUCCUUCGGGAUCAUCAUUGUGGCCCAAGCAGUUGGGAGUGGAGCUCUCCAGGACUCACAGAGCGUCUCCAGCAGUGACCGCCAGGUGGCGCAGGUCGAAAAUUACAGCCAGCUGCCCCAGACGGGUAGUUCUGUCUCAGAUAGGAUCUGUAUAGUGCAAAACUAA